CCACUGGUACUGAGGACAUGUGAUAAGGUUAGUCUAUUACCUCGCCUCCCGGAGUAAAAUCAUCCAUUCAAUUCGUAAGAUAGUGAAUGGAGUGCAUAAGAGCAAAAAUCCAAAGAAGCACAUGUGAUAAGCCUUGACGUAUCAUCUGACAUGGUACUUGCUUUGAAGAAAUUAUUAUUGCUUCCGUCUCCAUCGUCCCUUCUGAAAUUUCUUGGCUGCCUCUCCUUCGGAUCUGCAAGGGAAUGCUAUUGACUGGACAUACUUGCAUAAAUUGUUGGUGAGCUCAGAUCAAAACCCUUCUUCAGAUUGCUCUUAUGGCAGCCACCAAGGUCUACAUAGUGUACUACUCCUUAUAUGGGCAUGUGGAGAUUGUGGCACGGGAAGUACAGCGGGGAGCUAAUACAGUUCAUGGUGUUGAAGCAACACUUUGGCAGAUACCUGAAACACUCCCUGAUCGGGUGUUAGAAAAGAUGAAGGCCCCUCCUAAAGCAAAUGAUGUUGCAGAGAUCAAACCAGAACAACUUUCAGAGGCUGAUGGUUUUCUAUUUGGGUUUCCUUCUCGUUUUGGCAUGAUGCCAGCACAAUUCUUGGCCUUCUUUGAUGCCACAGAUGAGCUAUGGGCAUCUCAAGCUCUUGCAGGCAAGCCGGCUGGAAUCUUUUGGAGUACUGGUUUCCAUGGGGGAGGGCAGGAGAAUUCUGCAUUAACAACCAUUACGAAGUUAGCACAUCAUGGCAUGAUCUAUGUUCCUCUUGGGUACACCUUUGGGAAAGGGAUGUUUGAGAUGAAUGAGGUGAAGGGUGGCUCUUCCUAUGGCGCUGGGACAUAUGCAGGAGAUGGAUCUCGUCAGCCCACAGAGCUGGAACUCCAACAAGCCUUUUACCAGGGUAAAUAUGUCGCAGAAAUCGUUAAAAAGCUCAAAGUUUUGCCCCACCCUCCAGCCCCAGCGUAGCAAAAUCCCGUUGUGGAUGAUACUGUACUAGAAGUUGAAGGAAAAUACAAACUUUAACAGCUUCAGAAUUGAUAUGCUAUUAACUUAUGGACAAUUCUGAAGGAACCUUACAAAAAAAAUGAGAUCUGUAACACACCAUUCUCAAGCAAUAGGAUCUUUUGUAAGCCCCGUUAAACACCUCUUUCAAUGCUUUUAGGACAAAUUAGCUUAUUCAUUUACUUUC